ACGGGAAAUUAGCUAAAUCAAGUCGCACCUUUGUAUUAGAUUUUGGAUUGUUUCGCUCCAGGAGUGAUCGGAUACACGUUCUCGUGCUAUAACAAGUUGACAUGCAUCGCACGAGUGGUGGCGGUCACGGUCAGACUGGGCAGGCCGGUCAAGCGAGUAGUCAGUCGGAUUGGACGAUGAGGGAAAGGCUUGUGUUGUCGUCUUCUGUGCUCAACAGCGGAGAUCAGAAUUGGGUUUCUGUCAGUCGAAUUGUCAAACCACUGCUAGAAGCCGGAGUCAAACAGCCAGACCAGUUCUCACAGAAGAACUGUGCACUGGAGUAUUCAGAUAUGCUAGAGAAGGUUGCUGCACUCAAGAGGAAGCGUAGUACAGAAAUUGGAACGGGAGAAACACCAGGAGAACGAAUAGUCAGACGUUUGACAUUUGAGCGGAUCAAAAGAGCUAAAGAAGUCAAUCAAGACGCAACAUGCACUGUACAAGUUACUCGACCUGACACUAACUCAAACUUACCAUCUAAGGCACAUAGUAAACAGCAGCUCCGCCUCUUACUUACCAUCACAACGAUGUCACUCCACCCAUGCAUAGACAGAUGCUUCAUCUUCUCUCUGUAUGCUCCUAUCCAGUCCAGUACUCCAGUUCAGCGAAUCCAGACACCCUGCUCUGAACGUAUCACAUCGGGUUUGGUUUACAAGAAAGCCGAUGUACAAGCUGAUAUUGAUGCAAAGAAACGAGACAAGUUUUGGUCUGACCAAGAGGUUGAGUUGCUAGUGUGGGGAACUGCAUUGGAUAGUUUGCUCCAGUCAUCACUAUUCACGUGGCACUGGUCAUUGCUAUGAAUUGAUGUUCAUGCAUGUUGGUGUGGUUUGCAUGCAACAUGCUGCAAAGUAAGCUAAACGUCUUGCAAAUGUAUUAUGGGAGACAUCAAGUGUCAGUUCUGAAAUGAAUGUAAGGUAGAUGAGUCUGUCUUAAAUACAAAGGUUGGUUGUCUCUUAAUGUUUCUAGUUACACAAAGCCAAAGCGGCAGUUGAAUUAUUAUUGUGAUUGUUUCUCUCUAGCAGCUGAAGAUGAUGAGAGAGGACACGAGCAGUAGGUUGUGAGUCUAGUCCAUCAUGGAGUCGUGCAGUGGAUCAAGAGAAGCAAGCAGUCAGCAGCCCAGCCGUCAGUUUGAAUAGUGGCAGAGUUUGCAAACGAGCAGACAGACUAGAUGUGUAAGUUAGAGGAGAGAUGGAGUGAUAGUGAGGCGUCUAGAUGACGUGAGAGUAUGAGAGUGUCCAGUUGUAGGAGGUACACUGUAGUGUUGAAUUGAGUUUUGUUGAAUACAUUACUGUA